AUGGAGUCUGAGGAUGAUUUUUACUCGUACUCUUACUACUCGGAAGAGUAUGAGGCCAUGCCGCCGAAAAAGUCUGUAGCUGAUGCUGACGUUGCCGUUGCGGAGAACAAAAAGACCAAAAACAAGUCCAAGGCAGGUGCUGCGAGCAAGGGCGACAGCGGCGGGAAGAAGUCUUCACGGACACCGGCUGCUGGAGGUGGAGGGCAGCUGAAGCGACAUGCGAGUAUUAUCCGCGAGCGAAAGCGGGAAAUCGAACGCCGUGCAGCGACUGCGAGGCUGGAGCGGCGGAGCUCGGUGUCGUCUGUUGGUGCAGGCCGUGGCCGGGCCGAGGAUGCGUCAUACACUGCCGACUCGCUUUACGAGCUGUAUCCCGCCAACGAGAACAAGCUGGAGGAGCUUGGCGGAGUGGAGGGCGUGGCGAAAGGAGUGGGAUCGAGUACCACCCGCGGCGUCAAGUCGUCCGAGGUGCCGACCCGGAAGGAGCGGUUUGGCGUCAACCGGCUCCCUGAUCCCGACACCAAGGGCUUUGUUGAGCUCUGCUGGGACACGCUCAACGACUUUAUCCUGCUCCUGCUCAUUGCGGCGGCGUUCAUCUCGCUCAUUCUGGGCAUGGCGUUUACGGACGAUGCCGACGACUCAGACUCUGCGCCGCCGCCGUGGGUCGAGGGAACCGCUAUUCUCAUUGCGGUCAUCAUUGUGGUUCUGGUCACGGCCAUUAACGACUUCAAGCGCGAGAAGCAGUUCCAGAAGCUGAACAAAAUCAAGGACGCGCGCGAUGUCAACGUCAUCCGCGCCGAGUCGGAGGGCCCGGUCUCGAUCUCGGUCCAUGACGUGGUUGUGGGCGACUUGCUUGUGCUCUCGACGGGGGACAUUGUGCCUGUUGACGGGCUGUAUGUCUCGGGCUCGUCGUGCGCGACAGACGAGUCGGGCCAGACCGGCGAGCCAGACCUCUGCCGCAAGUCGGGCGACAAGCCGUUUUUCAUCUCGGGCUCCAAGAUUCAGGAGGGCAACGCCCUGAUGCUGGUGACCGGCGUCGGCAUCAACUCGCACAACGGGCGGGCAGUCAUGGCGCUCCGUGUCCCGCCCGAGGACACGCCGCUGCAGAGGCAGCUGGACACGCUGGCGCGGGCGAUCGGUAAGCUCGGCAUUGCCAUUGCCGGCCUGCUCUUUGUCAUUCUCGCCAUCAAGUACUUUGUCACUGCAGUGUCAGACAACGAGCGGCUGCGGACGGCGCGGACGCUGGACCGGCUCACCUCGUUUGUCACCACGGGCAUCACCAUUGCGGUGGUGGCGGUACCCGAGGGCCUCCCGCUGGCGGUGACUAUCGCGCUGGCGUACGCCAUGCUGCGCAUGCUGCGUGAGAAGAACCUUGUUCGCACGCUCGCGGCAUGCGAGACCAUGGGCCGUGCCACCGUCAUUGCGUCGGACAAGACCGGGACGCUCACGGCGAACCAGAUGACGGUUGUCGACGGAAUUGUCGCUGCAGCCUCGCUCGACGGCGUUGACCAGAUGGAGACGGCGGCGCUCGGCGAGCUGGCGGAGCGCUGGCGCGACUCGUCGCCGCACGACUCGCUCCUCCACGCACUGGUAGAGAACAUUGCCAUCAACUCGACGGCCGCCGAGGUCGAGCGUGAGUCUGGGAACAUCGAGUGGUCGGGCUCGACGACUGAGAUGGCGCUGCUGGAGUUUGCGCGGAAUGCUGUCAACGCAUGCCCGGGCAAGGUCAAGUCGCUAGCGAGCUACGACGUGAUGCGCAAGGACGCAAAGCUUGGGCACGGCUCGCUCAGCAUUGUCGAGACCUUCCCGUUCUCAUCGUCGCGCAAGCGGUCGGCGGUGGUGGUCGAGCGCGAAGGCGCUGGAUACCGGUUCUAUGUCAAGGGCGCGGCCGAGCGGGUGCUCGCGGCGUGUACGCAAGUGAUGGACAGCAACGGGCAGGCGCGGCCGAUGCGGUCGGGCGAGAUUGCCGAGCUCGAGGCCAAGAUCGGAAGCAUGGCUGACGACGCGCUGCGGACGCUCUGCCUCGCGCAUCGCGACUAUGCCACGAUGCCGGAGAACGAGUUUUCGGAGGAGGAUAUGUCGGAGCUUGUGCUCGAUGGCCUGUUUGGCAUCCACGACGUGAUCCGGAGCGACGUGCCCGGAGCGGUGCGUGCCGUCCAGCGCGCAGGCGUGCGGGUCAUCAUGGUGACUGGCGACAACCUGGCGACGGCCAAGGCCAUCGGCACCAAGUGCCACAUCUACGACGCCGAGCACGAUGUGGCGCUCGAGGGCCCGGACUUUGCGCAGACGACUAACGCCGAGCUCAAGCACAUUCUGCCGAACCUCACGGUGGUGGCACGAGCGGCGCCGCUCGACAAGCAGCGGCUCGUCGACCGUCUGCAGACCGACUUUGGCGAGGUGGUGGCGGUGACCGGCGACGGGACCAACGAUGCGCCAGCACUCUCCAAGGCUGACAUCGGCUUUGGCAUGGGUAUCACCGGAACUGACGUUGCCAAGGAGGCUGCAGACAUCAUCCUCAUGGACGACGCGUUCUCGUCGAUUGUGGUGGCCCUCCGCUGGGGCCGCUCGGUCUAUGACUCGAUUCGCAAGUUCCUCCAGUUCCAGCUGACGGUCAACAUUGUGGCAGUCACAGUGGCGUUUGUGGGUGCGGUGGCCAACGAGGACGGCGAGUCGCCGCUCAAGGCCGUCCAGCUCCUCUGGGUCAACCUCAUCAUGGACACGCUCGGCGCGCUGGCGCUUGCCACCGACCCGCCGACCGACGAGCUCCUUGAGCGCAUGCCGACGCGCAUGUCGGACUCGCUCAUCGCGCCGACCAUGUGGAUCAACAUCCUUGGCCAGGCCACAUUCCAGCUCGCGGCCACACUCUGGCUCCUCUUUGACGGACACAACGUGUUUGACCUCGCUCGCGACUCGACCGAGCACCACACGCUUGUCUUCAACGCCUUUGUCUGGUGCCAGCUCUUCAACGAGAUUAACGCUCACUCGUACGGCAAGCCCGGACUCAACCCGAUGGCCGGUAUUGUCGACAACCGCCUGUUUGUCGUUAUCUGGAUUGGCCUCGUCCUCGCGCAGGUCUUCAUCGUUGAGGUUGGCGGUGACUUUGCGUCCACGACCGGCCAGACCGGGACCGAGUGGCUCCUGGCCCUCGCCAUUGGCAUCAUCUCGCUCCCCAUCGGCUUCCUCCUCCGGCUCAUCCCGGUCAUGGAUCCGGAGCGGACUCGCGAGAACGUCAACAUGGACCGGCUCAAGGGCCUUGGCCCCGACGAGUAG